CCGAGCAACGGGGAUGGGGGAAAGGGCCCCGACAUCCGGGGACCGUGGGCUGGGGUCACGUGGCGCGUACAAAGCUUAAAUGCUUUGCGCCGGUUUUAGCGGCAUGGCUGUGUAAGGCCGGGCGCGGUGCCUCCCGCCUCAGGGAGGCCGCCUGCUCGCUUGGUAACCGUGUCCUCUUUCCUCAGCGCUCCCGCCGCCCAGCCCGGUCCCCAUCCUCCCAGCGCCGCUCGCUGGACCCCGUCAGCCUGCGUUAGUGGGAAUAACAAAAGCGUCGACGCCGCAGGCUGCUCCCGGCCCUGGCACGGAGCCCGCCGCCUGCGGGGCAGCAGACUUGCCACACUGCGAGUCAGCGACCGCCCCGUAAGGCCGGGAGGCGGGCAGCCCUGUGCAAGCCCCGCGUGAAGCAGGACUUUGGUUGAAGCAAAGUACCUACAUGGAGCAGCCCACAGUACAGUUUCAGUAUGAGGUGCUGCUGGUGGCUAUGACUGGAGCUGACCCAGGGAGCUUCCUGGCUUGGAGCACAUUUCCAGCCUUCAAUCGCCUCCAGGAAGACCAACUGCGAGUUCCACUCAUCUCGACUAGAGAAGAAGACAAGAAUCAUGAUGGCAAAAUGGACCAAUUACAUUUUAAAUUAGAGCUUCCUCUACAAUCUACAGAACAAGUACUUGCUGUCCAGCUCAUUCUGACUUUCUCCUACCAAUUACAUAGGAUGUCAACAUUUGUGAUGCAGAGCAUGGCUUUUAUCCAGUCAUCCUCCCCUAUUCCAGGGUCCCAGCUUUAUGUGAACGGAGACCUGAAAUUGCACCAGAAGCAGUCACUUAGCCAUUGUGGAGUAGACAUCAGAUACAAUGUAUCUGUGAUCAAUGGCACCAGCCCUUUUGCAAGUGACUACGAUCUCACUAACAUCAUUGCAGCAUAUCAAGAUAGAAAUGUAACAACAGUUCUUUCUGAUUCCAACCCUGUUUGGCUGGUAGGAAGAGCAGCAGAUGUGCCAUUUGUGAUUAAUGCCACUAUCCGUUUCCCAGUGGAAGUUAUUUUAUAUCAGCCAGGUUUCUGGGAAAUGAUCAAAUUUGCCUGGAUCCAGUAUGUUAGUAUCCUGCUUAUCUUUCUUUGGGUGUUUGACAGGAUAAAAAUAUUUGUGUUCCAGAAUCAGGUGCUGACCACAAUACCAGUGUUGCCAGUUUCCUCUUAUAAACAGCACCAAUCCUGAGAAAAUGCCUGAAAUGACUUUAAAGAGAUUUAGGAUAAGAGAGUCUACUUAAUUUUUGUUCUCUUUAGAAUUGUUGUAUUUCUGAAGGUGGGGAACUUCGUAAGUUACAUUCUGGAUCAUGUUCUGUUAAUGCUACAAUAGACUAGAAUGUCUGGACAUUUUUAUUUCUUUACAUUUAGUACACCUCAUGUUGCUGUGAGAGAGCACUGCUUUGGGAUUAUUGUGUGCUCUCAUGUUUUUGACAGUUCAAGAAGAAUGUUAUCUUUUGCAAUAUGACUGCAUUUCAAAAGCCAUGCAAGUCAACAUGGCACCUGUUCUGCUGAAAUCUCUACCACCUUUGGCUGAUCGGAUAUGCUUUUAAUUUGGGUAAAAUACACAAUAUAAUAAUUGAAAGGCACAUGGUAACAAUAACUGUGUAAACUACUUGUACUGUCUUAGUUUUGUAUAUAAGGGCUGAAAACUGAAGUUCUAUUAAGCCUUUAACUGUGUUGAGGAGUGGGAAUGGGAGGGGAGAAAUUUUAAAAGAAUGGUGAAGAGGCAAAGGCAUAUCUUUGUAAAGGUUAUGAUCUACUGAAUCUAUUCAUCCUAUUUGUA